AUGAAUCGUAUCACCACGAACGUGGACCAAAAACUACUGCGUACCACGAAGUUUCCGCCCGAGUUCAAUCAGAAAGUCGACACGACCAAGAUUAACAUCCCGGUCAUCAAGAACUGGGCUGCUAGCGAGCUGUCAAGAAUUCUAGGAUAUGAAGAUGAUGUUGUUAUCAAUCUUCUCUUUGAUCUUCUAGAGGGCUCCAAAAACCCUGACGUCAAAUCACUGCAAAUCCAGCUCACCGGAUUUCUCGAGAAAGACGCGGCUCUCUUCUGUAAGGAACUCUGGAAUCUUUGUUUGAGCGCACAGAAGAGCGAUACAGGAAUUCCGCAGCAGCUUGUCGAGGCAAAGAAGUUGGAACUCCUUCAAGAAAAAGUAGAGCAGGAAAGAGCCAUUGAAGCAGCUCGACAGCGCAGAGAAGACGAAAGGACUCGCGAGAGAGAGCUAGAGAGCAUUCGCAACCGAGAUCGUGAUCGCAGGGAUCGAGGUGGGAGAGGACGAGGCCGUGGUGGAGGCCGCGAAUUCGACAGUCGACCCCCUAGGGACUUUUCCAGGUCGCAAUCACCACCAGCUAGACCGUCUUACGUGGGCGAAGAGGUGGGAGACGCCAGCGCUCCCCCUCUAUCACGUACGGUAGUCCUGGCUCGGCAUCGCCUCGUCGUACAUCUCCACCCCGCCCGCGAAGAACUGCACGGCGUAACACCUCAAGUGAGCGCAGCCGCAGUCGUUCUGCAGAGCAUCGGUACUCCAAACGGCCCGCUGAACCUCCACGAGGAGAGCGCCGGUACCGUGAUUCAUCGCCCUAUUCACGAAGGCGCUCACCACCUCCAAAGCGCAGAAGAGAUUCCAGCUCAUCUCCUAGGGCCAGACGCUAUCGGUCACGCACACCUUCUAGAACUCGAUUGA